AUAAAGAAAGAUUGAUUAAUAGAAUACAAUUGAAAAGAAAUUUAGAUAAAAUUUUAGAAAAGAAAGAUUAUGAUGAACCUAAUAAAGAUAUAAAGAAACAUGACAAACAUCUUUCAAAUUAUGAUGUUGAAAUAUUUGAUGACACUGAUUUUUAUCAGCAGCUUUUAAGAGAACUUAUAGAAAGUCGCAUAAUUGAUACAG